UUUUUUUCUCCAAAACUCGCUGCAGUGAGAUAUGUGCGCUCUGAACAAGGUUUCCUGCAUUAAAGCCUUUCAGCAUGGCUGAACAUGACAUCCCGAAUCCAUCAGCGACUGCCUCCUAAAACAUGAGAAUUUGUCAUUUCGAUUAAGAUACUCUGGAUUAAACAUGACGAACUGUGCGGCGGUGUUUAGCCCCCUAAAUAAGACAUACUGCCAAGGAAAUCCCGGCCAAGGCCAUUUGAUUGGUGGAGCUUUGGCAAGAGCCUCGACAAAUUAACUUUAGGGGGAGUUUAUGCAGCAGGGAAAGCUUUCAUCUUGUGCAUUUGGAGGGUAGAGUGACUGGCGCUGUAGUGAUUUAGGAACAGAUGAAGAAAGAACUCGAUACGCCCAUCAGAUUACCAUGUUUCCUGCUGAGAACUUGAGUGUGUUCCCUGCGGCAGAUCGUUGUCCCAACUGCAGCUCCUCCGCCCACCCGGAGGUGGAUGUAACCAAGGCUGUGGUGCUGGGGAUGGUUCUGCUGUUGUUCGUGGUGUUCGGCGUCCUCGGCAACAUCCUGGUCAUCCUGUCCGUGCUGUUCCACCACCACUGGCGCUCGGUGACGCACUACUUCAUCGCCAACCUGGCAGCGGCGGACCUGCUGCUCAGCUCCGCCGUCCUGCCCUUCUCCGCCACCUCGGAGGCCCUCGGCAGAUGGGUGUUUGGCCGGUCCUUCUGCAGCGUCUGGGCCGCGUUGGACGUCCUCUGCUGCACCGCCUCCAUCCUCAGCCUGUGUGUGAUAUCUAUCGACCGGUAUCUGGCCGUCAGCUACCCGCUGCGAUACCCUGCCAUGGCUACGGGGAGGCGAGGCCUGACUGCGGUGGCUGCUCUCUGGGGACUCUCGGCUGCUAUAUCUGUAGGCCCUCUGUUCGGCUGGAGGGAGCCCGAGCCGGAGGACGAGACGGUGUGCCGAAUCACGGAGGAGCCCGGCUACGCUUUGUUCUCAGCACUAGGAUCUUUCUACAUACCUCUGGCUAUCAUCCUGGCCAUGUACUGCCGCGUGUACACCGUGGCAAAGAGAGAGACAAAAACCCUCCGAAAGGGUAGUAAGGGCGACGGGGUAGAGACGGAGGGGGUGAUACUGAGGAUACACAGAGGAAAUGCUUCUCAGACAGGGAAGCAGGAGGAGGCUACCGCGAGGCACAAACGCACCACUUUUUCACUGCCGAAGCUGCUGAAGUUCUCAAGAGAAGAGAAGGCAGCCAAGACUCUCGGCAUAGUUGUCGGGUGCUUCAUUCUGUGCUGGCUCCCCUUCUUCCUGGUUUUACCCAUCGGAUCCAUCUUCCCGUCCUGUAAGCCUUCUGAAACCGUCUUUAAGAUCACCUUCUGGCUGGGUUACCUCAACAGCUGCAUUAACCCCAUUAUCUACCCCUGCUUCAGCCGGGAGUUCAAGAAAGCCUUCCACAAUGUGCUACGUGGUCGCUGCCUGAGAGCUGGGGGACACUUGACCGUCCAUUCCUCCAGUCCAGGUCCCGCGUCCAACACCUCCGUCCUCCCGGCCCAAAACCGUGCGGCUGCCUCCUCGUGGCGCUGCUGCGGGAACAUUUCGACCUCCUCCUCCUCCGUCGGGGGUCCCGAUCAGGCUCAGAGCGCACAAAUCCAGAGUAAGAGCCUGCUGAAGGCGUGGUGUUUCUCAGCGAGGAGAACGCCGGUGCCGCAGAACCCCUCCGGUCACAGAUCAACCAAGGGCUCGUCGGAGAGACGGAAGAACUCCCAGCUCAAGCUGACAGACACGCAGUCCUGACAGAUUAGCAGCUUAUCAAGCAGUUACAGCUAACAAGAGAUGGUCCGCUCUCACAUUCAGCAGCUUCACGACCCCAUCUGAGGCGUGUCUGUGGCCGCCCGAUGAACGCUGGUCGAACAUUUAUUUCUCGUCAUUCUCGUUGGACCUGUAAGGGAAAUAUCUUGCUGUUUGGUUGCCAGGUAUUCCACUUUCUUCACUUUCUGUCUGCCAUUUGUAGCUAGGCAGAUCGUAAAGACACUUUGUGAGGGCUGUGAAACCAAAACAAUUAGUUUAAAGGAGCCAAAAACGAAAGGGUUGGGGAACUCAUCACUAAAUGUCGAAAUCCAUCAGCUAAUGUCUGACAACAAUUGAGCCUCUGGGAGCGAUGCUUAAUGUUUUGUGACUUGUGGAUGUCUGAAUGAUGAUAUAAGGGCCAUGUGACUUGUUACAGGCCAAUGUUAAAAACAGAGUAAAUAAAUCAUGAGAUAAAAUAUAUGUCUGUUUGAAUGCAGAUAAAUUAAAAAAAGAACUGAUAAAAGACGAUCGCCACUAGUGCACUAAACCUCUUCUGCUCUCUACAUGGACUGUUUACCCGCAUGCAACUCAAGCCUGAUGGACUCGCACUACAAAUGGACUACAGAUGGGAACCUGAGUCCUGCAGAUACAACAGUCUCGGCCCUUUGCCCACUCUGCAUUCAUCGUACAACACAGGGUUGCAUGACAAAGUGAAUGUUUGUUGUUCUUUUGCACACCACAGAAAUACUGUAGAACAUAAACAAUAUGCACUUAUUACACAUAAACACCCAGCGAGACAAUUCUGUGGUGAAUAUUUGUGAGUUUGCAUCAAGGGGCCGACAGUGACGAUGACAUGCUUUUUUCCUCAAAUUAAAAGCUCAGCCUCUGGGAAAA